AAAGGCUAAUUAAUUCCAUGGCGGCCGGAGAUGAUUCGGUUCGGUCUCUCGAGCAUACUCCGACGUGGGCCGUCGCCGUAGUUUGCUUCAUCAUCAUCUCCAUCUCUAUUACCAUGGAGCACUCAAUUCAUCUCCUUGCCAACUGGUUCAAGAAGCGCAACAAAACUGCUUUGUUUGGUGCACUUGAGAAGCUAAAAUCAGAGUUGAUGCUUUUAGGAUUUAUAUCACUUUUUCUGACGGUAACACAAGAAUACAUAGCCAAAAUUUGCAUACCUACCAGCGCGGGAGAUACUAUGCUUCCAUGUCGCAAACAAGAUGCUAAUUCAGAUUCAGCCGAACUCAAUCAUUUUGUUAAGAAAUUUUCACACACGAUCAGGCAAUUACUGGCCGAGGAGGAGGAUAGUACUGAAGAUGGUGAUUCUUGCACUGCCAAAGGAAAAGUUGCACUAAUAUCUGAAGAUGGGAUUCAUCAGCUUCAUAUUUUUAUCUUUGUGUUGGCGUUGAUGCAAAUUGUUUAUAGCACUCUAACAAUGGGUUUGGGCAGGGCUAAGAUGAGGCGCUGGAAAGUUUGGGAGAAAGAGACACAAACAACAGAAUACAUAGUUGCCAAUGAUCCAAAUAGAUUCAGAUUUACAAGGCAAACAACGUUUGGAAGACGGCACAUGAACAAUUUCACAGAAACAGUAGUUCAUUUGUGGAUUAAAAGUUUCUUCAGGCAGUUCUACAAAUCAGUAGCAAAAGUUGAUUAUCUCACCUUGAGGCACGGUUUCAUUGCGGCGCACUUUUCAGGCAGGCAUAACAGCUUCAAUUUCCAACAAUACAUACAAAGAUCCUUAGAGGAGGAUUUCAGUGUUGUGGUUGGCGUCAGCCCUCUGAUGUGGUUCCUAGUUGUUAUCCUAUUGCUAGUGGACGUGCACGAUUGGUAUGUCUAUAGCUGGCUGUCCUUCGUUCCAUUGUUGAUUUCUCUGGCCAUUGGAAGCAAACUUGGAGUAAUUGUGGCAAGAAUGGCUCUUCAAAUAAAAGACCAAAACAAUGUCAUAAUUGGAACCCCUCUUGUCAAACCAAAUGAUGAUCUCUUUUGGUUUGGAAAGCCAAAAUUCGUCUUAACGCUUAUUCACUACAUUCUCUUUGUGAAUGCUUAUGAGGUCGCUUUCGUCAUCUGGGUUAUAGUAAGUUCUCUAUCUUAGAUGUUAUUUUCGUACCUAUGGACUUCUAACACCGAAUUUUGGCUUUAAAAUCCUCUGUUAGAGUGAUUCUAACACAAGAUUCAGAAUUGAACCAGAAAAACUCAAAUCAAGAACACAAAAGUUUUAUCGAGGUUCGGAUAAAAACUAUCC